AUGACCCAACUGACAGCUCGAUCCGAUAUGAUCGUCUUCGCCGGAGCACGCGACCCAGCAGUCUACGUCGUAAAGUUGCGCGCUGCGGGGGAGGGCGACGCUAACGUGGAGACCAUCAAGAAAGUGGUUGGGAGGUUGGAUGUUAUGAUCGCUAUUGCCGGGAUGAAGAACGGGUAUCAGCCAGGUACAGAGGGUCUCUUUGGACGCCACGGAGGAGCACUUCGAGGUAGCGGAAACGCACUUGACCCACUGGUCCUCUUCCAAGCUGCAGAUUCCCUGCUGAAAAAGAGCUACAACCCCAAGUUCGUCCUUGUGUCCACCAGCGCCAGGAGUGUCGAACUAGGGACGAAGUUGUCCAUGCCUAUCAUGUGCUAUGGGAGCACCAAGGCUGCAGUAAACUUGAUCGCUGCGAAACUCUGGCACGAGAAUCCGCAGAUAGCCGUGCUCCUCCUUCAUCCAGGAUUCGUCCGUACACUUUUGGGAAUCUUCAUACCAGUUCGAUCCCAGUUGAAGAGCUUCGAGCUAAUAUCACCCGAUCAGAGCGUUGCUGCGUUGCUCAAGCUCAUAGGCUCUGGUAUAAUAAAAGAGCGAUGUGUAUGGGCAGUACGUGAACAAAGAUGA